ACUGGAUCGCAUUACAGAAAUCGACGGAUGAGAUUGAAUAUAGAGUACACGCUCUUAUUUUUGUUAUUAGCCCCUUUUGGUCGGUCUGUCUCUCUCACAGUGUCUCUAUCGUUCUCCAACUUCUUAGCCAGUAAAAGUUAGGGUUUUUGUGGGAGAUUUCGAGACUCAACAAUGGUGGAAGAUCACAAGCACGAGGAAUCGAUCUUGGAGAAGAUCGUUGAGAAAAUCCAUGGCCAUGGUGACUCAUCGUCUUCGUACGAUUCCGAUGACGACAAGAAGUCGACAUCGUCCUUUAAAUCGAAGAUUUACCGACUUUUCGGAAGGGAGAAACCUGUUCAUAAGGUUCUCGGUGGCGGAAAACCUGCCGAUAUUUUCCUUUGGAGGAACAAGAAGGUAUCUGGAGGAGUAUUGGGUGCUGUAACCGCGUGCUGGAUCUUGUUCGAGUUAAUCGAAUACCAUCUCCUCACUUUUCUCUGCCACUUCUCGAUUCUUGUUCUUGCGGCAUUGUUCUUGUGGUCUAACGCUUGUACCUUCAUCCACAAGGCAAGUCCUCACAUCCCGGAAGUACACAUCCCCGAGGAUCCUGUUCUCCAACUUGCUUCUGGGCUAAGGAUUGAAGCUAACCGUGUAUUUACCCUUCUUAGGAGUAUCGCAUCAGGAAGAGACCUCAAGAAAUUUAUCUUGGUAAUCGCUGGCUUGUGGGUUUUGUCCAUUAUUGGCAGCUGCUGCAACUUCUUGACAUUGUUCUAUACUGCUACUGUGCUUCUCUUCACCGUUCCUGUUCUUUACGAAAAGUACGAGGACAAAGUAGAUGCCGUUGGCGAGAAGGCGAUGAGGGAGAUCAAGAAGCAUUACGCAGUGCUUGAUGAGAAGGUUUUGAGUAAGGUCAUGAGCAAGAUUCCAAGAGGAGCUCUGAACAAAAAGAAGGAUUAACAAAUGUGACUCUUCGUACUGAUGGUUCGAAAUAUGUUUCGUUAGAAGCUGUUGGUUGAUAAACCCUUUGGUUUUUUGUUAUUAUGGUCAGUAUAAAUUUGGGGUUUAACCAUAUUUUAGUGUGUAAUAACUCAGAUUAAUGUGGAAUAUUGUUGUUGGUUAAUAUUAUCCCUAGCUAAUUUCUCAUCUCCAGACUAAAGAACUAUUGGGAAAUUUGUAACAGCUCUCCCUGUUAAUAAGAUAUUGCAA